AUGAGGACCACGAGAAGCUUCCGGCCUCGUUUGCUCCUGCUCCUCAUAACGAUUCUCGUCAGCGCAACGAUCGACGACUGCGACGCGGCCACCGCCCGCAAGUAUUACAGCGAACCGCUGAGCUUUCGGUACAGCCGGGAGGACCAAGAGAUCUCCGGGACCGAACACGAAGAUAAGCAUCGCAACAAGGGCGAUGACAAUCACGAGACCGGCGCAGCAUUAGAACAUGACGAAGAUAGUCGCGCGAACAAAGCGGACGACGCUCAUAAGGGAUAUAACAGUUAUAAGAAACUCGAUAAAAAAGAUAAGCAGCACGUAGAUAGAAAAACUAACGAAAAUCAUUUCCAAAACGAGAAACAACAUGAAGGUGAAAAGCACGAUGACGCGAAACAUUAUAAGUAUCGCGAAAAAAGCACAAAAGAAAACGAAUCUGCAGAAUUUGAUGAGGAAGGCGAUCAUCAAAAAGGCCAUAGUACCAAGGGUGAACACAAUAUAUUUAAAAAGGACGAGUACGAGAAAAAGCAUGAUUUUUACGAUGAGUUUUACGAUGAUGAUGGAGAAGAAGAGCACGGCAAUCAUCAUCAACAUCAUAAGGGGAAUAGUGAUGGACACCAUAAAUCCGGACAUGACAUAGGAGAGAAGCACGAGAGGAAAAAAGGAGGAACAGAGGCGCAUAAACACGAGCAUCGCCAUUACGAACAUGAGAAACACGGUGAAAAAGAGAGAAACGUUGAAGAUCUUGCUAACCAUAAAGAACACGAUGCAGGAGUUGCCUAUGGUUAUGGGAAAAAAUGGGCAUACAAAUCCGUAUAA